AUGUUCGGAAAGACACGUAUCCCGCCCUACACUCCGUCGGCGAGCGACGUGGUGCGCCGUCAGUACAUUGAGGAUGAUAAUGGCCGUUACGUAUGGUUUUGGUAUACUCGGACAGGCGUGAUUGUCAAAUGGUCACUGUUCCUGGGCAUCUUGCUCCUACUGAUGCUAUACCUCGUCCUCGGCCGCAUGCACGCCAGGAAGCUCAUCCGGCAAGGCAGGAAACCAAUGGCUUACCACGGCUGGCUACUUUCCCGCCAAGAGAGAGGCACCGUCGACCCGCAAUAUGCUUGGCCGCAAGCUUCCUACACAACUUACCAACAAAGACCGGGUUACGGAGCCCCUAACUAUGGCAUGCACCAUAUGCCCCCACCCGUCUACGACCCUAACAACCGCCCCCCGAUGUAUGAAGGAGGCCCGCCGCCGAUGGGAAGCACUAAGAUCGAUCCCAUGCAGACUGGUGUAGAGCAAAUGCGACAACCCACUGGCGAUGACUAUGCGCCGCCUCCUGGACCGCCGCCAUCUGCUGCGCAGAGAUAG